GUUUGUACUGUUGGGACAGGCUGUUAACAUUACCAGCUUUCAUACACAGAUUUAUUAUCUGAAUUUAGCGCUCGUUUCUCUGUAUGGACUUAUCAUCUUUUCGAAUAGUGUGUGACUUAAAUUCUAGUUAAUGUCAGGAUUAAUGAAGCAUUACAUUUGGCAUCAUUGGUACAUUAGAAGUGGUUUAUAUUUUGCUUCUGCAUAACUUGUCUAUGCACGGCGUAACUGUAAUCGGCUUCAACUAAUAGUAACCAGUGAAAUAAAGAAGAAUAUACUUCCGAGAAGAGUAAUAAUUUUAGAAUCCUUUUAUUGAUUCUGGAAGAUGAGAAAAACGCGGCAAGCCGCUGAAUUUUCGGAAUUAAAGGAUUUAGUUCAUCAACUUCGAGUCUCUGAUUUACAGCAAAUUCUUGGCGAGUACAACAUAAGCCGUAGUGGUCGUAAAAGUGAACUGAUAGAACGUGUACUUAUUUUGGUGCGGCAGAAUAUAUCUGUGUUGAAGCAUAAAGUCCGCGAGUUCCAUAAAAAAGCUCAAGAGGAAGCUGAGGCAUUUGAUAAAUCAGUUGUUACUAAACCCACAACAACCGCGCAGUCUCUUGUGGUUCCGGUAGAGCCAAAUAUUAACAAAACAGUUAUAAAUUCCCCUGUGCAGGCCAUAGCUCGUCCAACAUCAGGCAUGUACCAGCAACAAUAUGCAAAUACAGUACAAAAUGACAACCGUGGUGCUCAAGUGCAUUCUAAUGGCAUCGUUCCGAUUCCAUAUCCGGAAACAACGCCCAACCCGGGAUACCCGAUACACCCUGACGUAAAGCUCAAGAAGCUGGCCUUUUUCGACGUUCUGGCAACGCUUUUGAAACCGGCCACUUUGGUUCCUAGUAAUACAACACAACGAGUACAGGAAGGGUCUUUCUUCUUUCACUUAACUCCGCAGCAAGCCACAGAUAUCGCUACCAACAGAGAUAUCCGUAACGCGAACAAAAUUGAGCAUACAAUCCAAGUUCAACUGCGGUUUUGUUUGCUGGAAACAUCUUGUGAACAAGAAGAUUAUUUCCCUCCAAAUAUAGUAGUGAAAGUGAAUAAUAAACUGUGUCCUCUUCCGAAUCCCAUUCCAACUAAUAAACCCGGAGUUGAGCCAAAACGGCCUCCUCGACCUGUUAAUAUUACUCCAAACGUAAAGCUGUCACCGCUGGUCGCCAAUCAUAUCGCAGUUUCAUGGUGCACGGAAUACAAUCGAGGUUAUGCCGCUGCGUGUUAUCUGGUCCGCAAGCUAACUUCUACCCAACUGUUGCAACGCAUGAAAACCAAAGGUGUUAAACCAGCGGACUACACAAGGGCCUUGAUUAAGGAAAAGCUCAAUGAAGAUGCCGAUUGUGAGAUUGCUACAACCAUGUUGAAGGUUUCAUUGGUGUGUCCUCUGGGAAAGAUGAGAAUGUCAACACCCUGCAGAUCAUCGACUUGCUCGCAUCUACAAUGCUUCGAUGCAUCAUUGUAUUUGCAAAUGAAUGAACGUAAACCAACCUGGAACUGUCCUGUAUGUGAUAAAUCGGCUAUUUACGAUAAUCUAGUAAUUGAUGGCUACUUCCAAGAAGUUUUGGCGUCGAACAAUCUUUCGUGUGAUGACAAUGAGAUACAAUUACACAAGGACGGCUCAUGGAGCACUCAUGUUAAAUCAAAUGACACCUGUAGUGUAGAUACUCCUAGUAAGCCAUUGCAGAAAGUUGAAGUGAUAUCUGAUGAUAUCGAAGUUAUAUCGACUGAUCCACCAAAAUCCAGCAUCAAUCAAGCCAGUGUUAUAUCGAGCAGCGAACCUUCUUCUACAACGGCGCCAUCGAAUGAAACGGUCGACUUGACGUUGAGCGAUUCGGACGAUGAUGAUUUGCCGCUGAAACGAAAAGUAGUAACUCGCGUAGGCGGACAAGGAAGCAGUACAAAUGCCACAGGUACUACAACCAGUUCCACAAGCACAGUUCCUACGACUGCUGCGACUGUGGUGGUAUCCAAACCAAAAACAACAAAUGCGAAAAGCAAUUGGCCAGAAUAGAUUAGUUUGCUGGUUUUCGAAUGCGCCACCCACAACUCUCACUACGGGCACCAGAAGCAACCUCCGCCGACAGAAGAUAGCCAUUUAAUUGCGUUACAGUCGGAAAAUACUCGAGGGUACACAGCAAAAAUAUAACAUUCCACUAGUAGCAAUUCAACGUCGAUGAGACAUCAGUGAUUCCAGUAACUAUCAUUCAUUAAUAAUAGAAGCAAGUAAACUGUUACCUUCAUUCAACAGGUGCAGACCAAAAAUUCCAAAAUAUUAAUAAUGCGGGGAAAAGGAACAUGAGCGCUAUAACUUCAGCUGAUCGUUAGGUGCUGAGAACGGAAUAACGAUUAUAGAAUCUUUUACUUCCACUUCCUAUGUUGCUACUGCGGAACUAUUCAGUUCCUCUACGGACGGAGAUGGAUGGAACCAAUUCUAUCGAUGCCACUUGUGGGUACAUAACUGCACAGAUAUUCCCUGUUCCUGCUUUGAGUAACGUAAAGUAGCAAUCCAAUCAUUUUGAUCACAUUGUAUUAUUUGUACAUAUAAACUGAAAAAAUCGAAUGAAAUAUACGUGAUAGUUGCAAAAUAGAAUAAACUUUCCUUUUAUGAACUUGUUACGUUAUUUCCUAGCGGAAACAUGUUUGAAAGAUUUAAUCAACUAACAUGGUGAUAUUGCCCCGCAUGGUGACCCAUUUUGAUCGACGGAAAUGGAACACAUUUUUAAAAGUGUGAAUUUUCCACAUAAAUUGUUUUUAAAGCAUAUUCAUACAUCAAUCAAUAAGGUUUCAAAUCGUGAGUUUUUAACAUGUAGCAUAAUUUAUAAAUGUUCCUACAUGAUUUAGGACGUUUCGUUCUUAGGGGGACCAUAUUGCCCCUAUCUACCCUACCGUUUGAAAUCCGUCUAGACUUGGAAUUAAAAAUGCUAGUCUACUGAAACUCAAAAAGCGUUCACAUUGUCCACAUAUUGCUUUGUGCCGGAUGUUGCUUGAAAAGACAUAGAAAAGAUACCUAGCAGUUUUGUAAUUUUAACGUUUGCAUUAAAAAUCGACUUUUUUCGGAUGGUAAUAAAAAAAACUAAGAUAGAUAAUUGACUUUGAUAAACUUCCCAUGGAAGGUAAUUAUAUUAGCUUACUUGGAAAAAAAAUCUACGCCCCAGCGAGCGGCCUUCCGGCAGUUAACCGGAACAUUCGCCAUGGUAUGAAAUAAUACGAAGAGCCCUGCCAGUCGUUGGCAUCCAGGGUGAGAUAGCUCUCGUCGUCCAUCACCACCGUCACGUUGCGAUUCGUCGGGAAAAUCGACUUGACCAUCUUAUUCAGCCGCUGCUGCUGCGUCAUUGCCUGCUGCUGCGAGACCAGUGGACGGGACUUCCGCUUCCUGACAUGCAUGUCCAUGUUCGCCAGGUAUUUUUUCACUGUUUGGCCGGUUGCACCGACCUCCAGGGCAAGCGCACGCAGCAAUGUAGCCACUUUUCCCUCGAUCUUCCUCUUCAGCAUCCUUUGGAGCUUCAGUCGCCCAUGGAAAUCAUAUGGUAGAAUUCACACAUACAACAUCACCGGCAACUUUGACGUCGGCAAAAUAAGUCCAAGAGAAUAGUUGACAGGACGGUGACGCUGUAUGUGUAGCGCACUUAAUCCUGAUAUUCAAUCAUUAUCUUUGACGCUCCCCUAAAGUCGUAAAAAAAGCUCAAUGCCGUCAACGCGAGUUAAGCUUCGUUUACGAGUUUAGAAGAUCGUAAAAGAUAAUUAUUUGUUUUUCAAGCAGAAUCAACACUUUUUUGAAUCCAGAUGGCUUUCUAGCAAAUGAGAAAUAUUAGUCUAACUAAUUAUUUCUCUCAGUGUGACGAUUAAUCGAUUUGGGGCAAUUAAUCGUAUCGAAUAACAUACUGCUAAAAAGUAUUCGAUUAACUGAUGAACGAUUAAUUUCAAAAAUCGGGGAUCACUAUGUGUACCUAUGUAACAACGAUGGAUCGAAGAAUUCUUACUGUUUUCAUAAAGAUGGGAUCUAUUUAUGAGAUAAAUGUCUGAUGGAUCAUCCCAUUUACAAUAGUUAGGGGAGGUGCGGGUAAAACGGACAGUGGUGGCAAUAUGGACAUGCGGUUGAUUUGUAUAGUAACAUUUUUAAUUUCAUAUUUCUGAAUUUCAUUGGGAAUCAUUUAUAAUAUUUGAAGCGCUCUACAACUUUCCUUCUUCAACUCAAAAGUGGAAAAGGGAAAACAAGAACUGAAAAUCAAUAGAGAAUGAAAAUAUGAAAGGAUAUCCUCUGCUUCCAUGGCAAUGACCCAAAUAAAAAAAUAGACAUUCUGAAAAAAAAAACUUAUUUCAACAACCUGAUCGACCACUUUCUACACAUGCGACUGUAUUUACACACACUUUCAUU